UGAGCAGGUUAUGUGUUUAUAAGAACACCGCUGCUGCCUCAAUUCUACCCAUCAAUUUUCUUAACUGAAAAGAACACGGAGAUGGGGAAGAUGAUCUCUUUAUUGUGAAUUUUAGCCUCUCUAUCUAGGUUAUAUAUGUUUCAUUGCAGGAGAAAAAUAUGAUUUCUAGAUGGUGUUAAUAUUGGAGCUGAUAUUCAGACACUCCUUCUCACCUUUUUCACUUCUGUGUGAAGGAAAAAAGCAUGCUGUAAAAUAGGGGCAAGCGGUGCAGAUUUUGGAAAGCAAGAUGGAGACUCAAGCUUCACCAAUUCUGAGUGAUAGCAACGAUACCACCAUUAUCAUUGGGGCUGGAAUUUCAGGCAUAAUGGCGGCGAAGACUUUGUCUGAGAAGGGGGUGACAGAUUUCAUAAUAUUGGAGGCGACGAACAGAAUCGGGGGAAGAAUGCACAAGGAGAGUGUAGGAGGGUACACCAUCGAGAUGGGUGCAAACUGGGUGGAAGGCGUAGGGUCGUCAGAGAAUGUGAAUCCCAUCUGGACUCUUGCUAACAAAUACAAACUCCGGACCUUUAAGUCCAACUGGGACAAUAUCAGUAACAAUAUCUAUGAUCAGGAGGGACAUAUUUUGCCCCAGAGAGUGGUGGCAAAACCAUAUGAACAAGCCGUUGCCUUGUCGGACGCAUGUGAAGAAUUAUCUUCAACAAUGAAAGAAAAUGGGGAGAAAGACAUCUCAAUUCUAGUGUCACAGCGCAUUUGUGGGUAUAUUCCAACGACACGUCUGGAGAUGGCCAUCGACUUCUUCUUGUAUGACUUCGAAACUGGAGAACCUCCUCGUACAACGAGCUUAAUGAACGUGGAGCCAAUUGCAACGUUUAAAGAUUUUGGCAUCGACAAUUACUUCGUAGCAGAUAGCCGCGGAUACGAGCAUAUUGUGCAUAGAUUGGCCCAAGAAUUUCUCUCCUCUCACCAUGGAAACAUAAUUGACAAGCGCCUCAAACUCAAGAAGGUGGUGUGUAAAAUCGAGUAUAGUGACAGUGGCGUGAAGGUCUCCACAGAGGAUGGUUCAGUUUACACUGCAAAGAACACCAUUGUAUCCGUUAGUGCGGGAGUGCUACAGUCAAAGCUAAUCGGUUUCAAACCCGACCUGCCCAUGUGGAAGCUGCUGGCAAUAUACAAGUGGAAUAUGGUGGAUUACUGUAAGAUCUUCAUGAAGUUUCCUUCAAAAUUCUGGCCAACAGGACCAAAAACCGAAUAUUUCUUGUAUGCCCACAAGAGAAGAGGCUACUACAAUUUCUGGCAGCACCUGGAGAGCGAGCAUCCUGGAGGGAACCUUCUCGUGGUAACUGUACUAGAUGAGGAAGCGCGAAGAAUAGAACAACAGCCUAAAGAAGAGACCAAAGCUGAAAUCAUGGAGAUUUUAAGAAAGAUGUUUGGCAAUGACAUUCCAGAGAUGACCGAUAUCUUGAUUCCCAAAUGGGGACAGGAUCGUUUUUACAAGGGAACGUUUUCAAACUGGCCGAUUGGUGUCUCCGAGCAGGACUUUGACAAUUUACAGGCACCAGUUGGUCCUGUAUUCUUCACCGGUGAACAUACCAAUCACAAGUAUAAUGGAUAUGUGCAUGGUGCCUAUCUAGCAGGCAUCGACACUGCUAAUAUGGUGUUGCAUUACAUUAAGCAUGGCGACUGCGCUAACAUAAAGAAGACGGUUAUACUCGCAAAUACAGAGACUCGCGGUCGCCCAGAGAUCAAACGGGAGAAAAUGUCUGGAUGUCGAGCAAGAAGAAAGGCUCCCAAUUCACUUCAAUGUUCAGUGUGAACGAAAAAAUAUUGAGAGCAUAUUUAUUUAAAUCUAAAGUAUUUGUUAUAUUUUUGACUUCAUCAAGUAGGUGGAGGAUUUUAAAUUCUUUAAUCUGACAAAGUGACAAUUUGACUCAA